AUGGGAACUAAGGGCCUUGUUCAUGUCUUUCUUGUCUCAUUUCCAGGCCAAGGACAUGUCAAUCCUCUACUUAGACUCGCCAAACGCCUCGCUUCAAAAGGCCUUCUUGUUACUUUCUCAGCACCCGAAAUUUGUGGUGUAGAAAUGAAGAAAGCCAACCCAAAAAUCAGCAAUGAACCUACUCCAUAUGGUAAUGGUGUGAUAAGAUUUGAUUUCUUUGAAGAUGAAUGGGAUCCUUCGAAGCCCAAUGGCAAUGAUUUGGAGAUGUAUAUACAACAUCUUGAGAUACUAGGCAAGAAAAUACUCCCAAUAAUGAUCAAGAAAUACGCGGAACAGGGCAGCCCUGUUUCGUGUUUGAUUAAUAAUCCUUUUGUCCCUUGGGUUUGUGAUGUUGCUGAAAGCCUUGGCAUCCCUAGUGCCAUGCUUUGGAUACAAUCUGCUGCUAGCUUUUCAGCUUAUUAUCAUUAUAGUCAUAAUUUAGUUCCAUUUCCUAGUGAAACACAACCUCAAAUUGAUGUUCAAUUACCUUGUAUGCCUUUGUUAAAGUAUGAUGAAAUUCCUAGUUUUUUGCACCAUUCAAGUUCAUAUACUUUCUUGAAAACAGUCAUUUUGGGACAAUUCAAGAAUAUAUCCAAACUUACCUUUAUACUUAUGGAAACAUUCCAAGAACUUGAACGUGACGUUGUUAAUCACCUCUCCGGAAUAUUUCCUAUCAAAACUGUUGGUCCUCUAUUCAAAUACCCUAAAGAAGUAGCUCCUAAUGAUGUCCAAGGUGAUUUUAUGAAGGUGGAAAAUUGCAUAGAUUGGCUUGAUACAAAAUCAACAUCCUCUGUAGUGUACAUAUCCUUUGGUAGUGUGGUCAUGUUAAAAAAUGAACAAGUGGAGGAAAUAGCAUAUGGGUUGUUGAAUUCAUUGGUGAAUUUUUUGUGGGUCAUUAGGCCACCUACUAAAGUCCAAAAUUUUGAUCCAAUAUUGUUACCUAAUGGAUUUCUAGAGAAAGUAGGAGAUAAGGGGAAAAUAGUGCAAUGGUGUCCACAAGAACAAGUGUUGUCCCAUCCCUCGGUGGCUUGUUUCAUGACACACUGUGGAUGGAAUUCGACUAUGGAAGCACUUUCAAGUGGCAUGCCCAUUUUGGCUUUUCCUCAAUGGGGUGACCAAGUCACCGAUGCUAAGUACUUAGUCGAUGUUUUCAAAACUGGACUUCGAUUAUGUAGAGGUGUGGCUGAAAAUAGAAUUAUUCCGAGGGGAGAAGUGGAGAAAUGUGUAAGGGAGGCUAUGAAUGGGCCAAAGGCGUCGGAGUUAAAAGAGAACGCGUUGAAAUGGAAGAAGAAGGCGGAGGAAGCGGUGGCAGAGGGUGGCUCCUCCGAGAGGAACCUGCAAGCUUUUGUGGACUAUGUUAGAAGUGAAUGA